GGCCAUUCAAUUAGAAGACAAAGAAGAUGUAUCUCCUUAACUUAAUCCUGGCCUUGUCUAUUGUAGGUACUUUACAAGAAGAUAUUGACUCGUCAACAAACUCUGUUUCACUCAAUUCGGUUAUUUCAGAAGGUACUUUACAAGAAGAUAUUGACUCGUCAACAAACUCUGUUUCACUCAAUUCGGUUAUUUCAGAAGGUACUUUAGAACAAGAUAAAGACGUGUCAACAGGCUCAGUCAGUUUGGAAGAUGCCUACGUGUCAACAGACUCAUGUUCAAUAAGUCCAGAGGAAGUGUGCGGAGUUGUAACUUCUAAAGUACACCAUGCAAGUUAUAGCGACAAAAGAGCCAUCGAGGGUUCAGCUCCAUGGGCAGUCCGUUUGUAUCACAUAACACCACGAAGAUUUAUAUGUGGGGGUAGCAUACUGAAUUAUGAAUGGGUUGUUACAGCUGCUCAUUGUCUAGGGCCUAUUCACGGACCUGAAGACGUUUCAAUUACAAUCGGUGAUUAUGACGUACGGUAUAAAGACCCAGACGAAGAAAUAUUAAAUGUGUCGCGCAUAAUUACCCAUCCCGAAUUUGAAAAAAAGACUUUUAAUAAUGACAUCGCCCUAAUUCGUUUAUCAAGUAAAAUUCGUCGUUUUACAAAUUACGUGAGACCGGUCUGUUUGCCGAGUGUGUGUCUCGGAACCGGUUUGAAGACACCUCAUGCUCUUAUGCGAUUCCACGGCUGGGGUUUAAUUAGGAAUACUGGACCUACUCCGGUGUAUAUGAAAGAACUCACUUUACCCUUUUUGGAAUUUACGGCUUGUGAAAAAUCAGCAGAACCGUUUCCUGCGGCGCAGAUAACAGAAAGUAUGAUAUGUUUAGACCAUGAUGACGACGGACUUGGCAGUUGUUUUGGCGACGGUGGCACUGGACUUGUACGUAAAUACUUGGGUCGAUGGUACCUGGUUGGUAUCAAUAGCUGGGGUAUAGGCUGUGGUGUACCCGGUAAUUACGAUUUCUUUACAGAUGUUGUUAAAUUUCGAAAGUGGAUUAUCGAGAGCAUAAAUGAUGGAUAAGUUUAUAGCUGCAAAAAAAGUGUCUGGUUUCCUGCUAUUAAUUUUACGUUUGAUAUAGGCUUAUUACUAAAAAAAAUACAAAUUGCUUUACACACAUUGUAAAAAAGUCUAACUCAAACGUAAAAACAAUGAUAAUAUUUACCUUCAUAACAAUACUAUAGAAUGUAAAACUGAAAUCUCUUUUCUAUUUCUAUAAAAAUUUCAAAAUUUGUAUAAUAAAAAAUACUAACAAUGUUUACUGCUAUAAAUAAUAUUUAUACAUCUCCAUUUUCAAUUGCAAUACCAUUUGGGAAGGAGAUUUUUCUGCUUCCAAUAACUUUCAAUUCACAUAAAGGUCAUUUUUUUAAAUUUCAUGUUAAUUCUCAUAGUGAACCUUUAUAUAACGCAUUUCACUGAGAGAGCACAAGAAUACUCGAAAUUUUCUAUCAAAUAAAUGAUAUUAUAAUAUGAUAUAUAAUGUUGCUUUUUCUGGUAUAAUCCAUUUGUGUGCUUUUAAAUAUUUCUUAAUUGCCGAAUGUACUUGUGAUUUUUUUUUAUGUCUAUGCUUUGACAAAUAUUGUAAUAUCCAAUCAAAUAAAAAGAAAGUUAUAUUCAACUUUUAAGUCUGUGAGUGCCAUUUCCCGCCAAUCAGAGGAGCCACAGUCAUAAAUGUCAUUACCUUAGCCCUCUUUGGUGGUCCUCUAUUUCAAAUUCCUGGAUCCACCACUGAUAUUAUAUAAUUUAUUUGUAAUUCAUACGCCACUGAGUAUAUCCGAUAAUUCAGAUGAUGAUGAUGUUAAUUUUUUUCGGAAGUUUAUUUUUUGAAAAAUAUUGUAACAUCCAAUCUUUUUUUUUUUUAUUGCAAUAAAGAUUAGGCAUAUUU